AUGCUGUCCACCCAGAGGCACAGUACCAGCAUUCUGACCAGAAAGGAAAUCCUGGAAAAUGGGUUCUUGGCCAGCUCCUCCAGCCAUAGCUAUUCUUCCCCUGUUGUGAGCUAUUACAGGGACUCUAGCAGUGCUUCCAAACACGACACCUGGGAACUCAAACAAGACACCUGGGAGCUUCCUGCAGACUUGGACAACGCAGCAAGUGGCAGUUCUCUGUGUGUUGUCAAGCAGGUGGAGUCUCUGAGCAGCUGUGUGAAGGCUGAGCUGCACAGCCUGACCCAGAGCAUCUCUGACCUCAGUCUUGUCUGCUUCUGCAAGGCCCACCGUGGCCAGGCCACGUUUGAGCUGUCUGGUUUGCCCUGUGAGCACCCCAGCAGAGAUGGCUGCCUGAUGAAUAUGGCAUCACAGAACACCUCGACACCUUGCAAGAAAGACAAGCACUCCAAACCACUGGAGAGCCUGCUCUUCAGGAGCUCUGAGCUGCCUGGAGACAUCUCAGCCCUUGGGAAAGUGCCAGCACCCAGGUGGGACAUCUCAGCAAUAAAAUCCUUUAUGGAUACCAGCACAUCCCUCGAUGUCAGCACUGAGGAAUUAUGCUUACUGGGAUGCUCCAAACCAGACACAUCAACCCUGGAGACCCCUGUGGUGAUUCCUCUGGCUUGGCCUGGUGCCUUCAAGAAGCACCCCACGCUGAUCCACAGGUCUGCCACCCAGGAGAGCCACCUGAGUGACCCUGACGCUGUCCCUGUGUUUCUGCACCAGGCUCUGUGA